AUGCGCCGCUUCGCGGGCUUUCCAACCGGGACGGGGCGGGGCGAGCCAAUCAUAGGGAUUCAUUUCCGGGUGGCGCGGGCGCCAUUUUGUGAGGCGGACUAUAAACGGGCGCGGAGGCCGGCCGGCGGCCCGAUUACUGCUGAGGCGCUCGUGGCCGGCCGCCCUCGUUCGGUCCUCUCUCCUCGGCCCCUCCGCCCGGCCUCGGCCGGCUUCCUGACGCGGGGGGCGGCUCUCCGGCGCUUUGGCCUCGGGCCGCCUCGCAGCCAUGAGCUACGGCGGCCGCCUCCCGAUGUGGAGGGCAUGACCUCCCUCAAGGUGGACAACCUGACCUACCGCACGUCGCCCGACACGCUGCGGCGCGUCUUCGAGAAGUACGGCCGCGUGGGCGACGUGUACAUCCCGCGGGACCGCUACACCAAGGAGUCCCGCGGCUUCGCCUUCGUGCGCUUCCACGACAAGCGCGACGCCGAGGACGCCAUGGACGCCAUGGACGGCGCCGUGCUGGACGGCGAGCUGCGCGUGCAGAUGGCGCGCUACGGCCGGCCGCCCGACUCGCACCACAGCCGCCGGGGCCCGCCGCCGCGCCGCUACGGGGGAGGGGGCUACGGCCGGCGCAGCCGCAGCCCCCGGCGCCGCCGCCGCUCCCGCUCCCGCUCCCGGAGCCGCUCCCGCUCCCGCAGCCGCUCCCGCUACAGCCGCUCCAAGUCUCGCUCCCGCACGCGCUCGCGCUCCCGCUCCACGUCCAAGUCCCGGUCGGCGCGGCGCUCCAAGUCCAAGUCGUCGUCGGUGUCGCGCUCGAGGUCCAGGUCCCGGUCCAGGUCG